AUGAAAAUAAUAAUUGGAAUAAUUUUUACCUUAUUAGGUUUUUCUUACGCUCAAUACGAUUUAAAAUAUUUAAAAUGUUUAGUUUGUAGAGCAACAAUUGAUGAAAUGAUUAAAGAAAUAAAUAAAGUAAAUCCAAAAAAAAAAAUUCAAGUUGGCGGUUACAGGUUGGAUACCGAUGGAAAAUUACAAGAGAAAGUUGUAUCCUUUGCAAGAUCUGGAAUGCAUUUAUCUGAAUUAAUGGACACAAUUUGUAAAAGCAUGGAUAAUUAUGUUCGAGCGACAAAAAAGGAAACUGGAGAAUUGGUUUUAAUUAAACUCAUGGCAGAUGAUGGUAAAAUGAAUGCUGAUAUAAGCAGUGUUGAUAUUAUACAAGAUAGCGAUCUUAAUAAAAGUUUAGAAUUUUAUUGUGAGGGAAUAGUCGAAGAAUUCGAAGAUGAAAUUUAUUACGAAUUAAAAAGUCCCACAGAUGAUCCUGUCAAUGAAAUUUGUACUUCUGCUUCUAAUCUUUGUCAUACAAUUCGAGAUGAAUUAUAA